UCUCAGGUGACAAAGCAACAGGACCCAUUAGAAAAUGUUUCGCUCAAAGAUUCGCAUUCAUACAUGUCAAGUGAUACUGCUCACGUCGCUGGUAUGGUUCCUGGUCGACGUGAUGGUGUUGAUGCUCUAUUCGGACUGCAUCGGAGGGUCCGGAUGGGGAUGUACCGAGAGCAGUAAACAGCAGACACUGACCGAGGAGAACCUGCCGCACGCGAAGGGUUUGGCGAAAGAGGAACAACAGAUCCAAUCGAGCUUCGAUCACAGCAUGAAGAGAUACAGGCAAUCCGAGCUACAUCUUUGGCGUCCGGCUAAGGUCAUACGUGAGAGCAAGGGUAAGCCCGGCGAGAUGGGCGCAGCUGUGCACAUCUCGCCGGAGGACGAGGCAAGGCAACAGGAGCUGUUCAAGUUAAAUCAGUUCAAUCUGAUGGCCAGCGACAUGAUCUCGUUGAAUCGAUCGCUCAGGGACAUCAGGCUGGAGGGUUGCAAAACUAAGAAGCACCCCAAGUACCUUCCGGACACCAGCAUCGUGAUAGUGUUCCACAACGAGGCCUGGAGCACGUUGCUGAGGACCGUUUGGUCGGUCAUCAAUCGAUCCCCCAGAACUUUGCUCAAGGAGAUCAUUCUGGUGGACGACAAGAGCGAGCAAGAUCACUUGAAGCAAGAUUUGGAGGACUAUGUAAAAACGCUACCAGUACCAACGUACGUGUAUCGCACCGAGAAGAGAUCAGGCCUAAUAAGAGCUAGACUGCUUGGGGCGAAACACGUGAAGGGUCAAGUUAUAACGUUCCUCGAUGCACACUGCGAAUGUACCGAGGGUUGGCUGGAACCUUUGCUCUCCAGAAUUGCCGAGAAUAGGUCCACGGUUGUUUGCCCCAUCAUAGAUGUAAUUAGCGACGAUACGUUUGAGUAUAUUCCUGCCAGCGAUAUGACGUGGGGUGGUUUCAAUUGGAAAUUGAACUUCAGAUGGUAUAGAGUGGCACAAAGGGAAAUGGACAGAAGAUUAGGAGACAGAACGGCUCCUCUGCGAACGCCAACCAUGGCUGGUGGAUUAUUUUCUAUUGACAAGGAUUAUUUUUAUGAAUUGGGUGCUUACGACGAAGGGAUGGACAUUUGGGGCGGUGAAAAUCUUGAAAUGAGUUUCCGGGUAUGGCAAUGUGGUGGGACGUUAGAAAUCAGUCCGUGUUCACAUGUUGGACAUGUAUUCCGAGACAAGAGUCCAUAUACAUUCCCUGGUGGUGUCAGCAAAGUAGUUCUACACAAUGCGGCCAGGGUGGCCGAGGUCUGGAUGGAUGAGUGGAGAGAUUUUUACUAUGCCAUGAACCCAGGUGCUCGUAAUGUAGCCGUCGGUGAUGUAUCUGAAAGGAUUAAGCUAAGGGAACGUCUGAAAUGCAAAAGUUUCAGAUGGUAUCUGGAGAAUAUUUAUCCUGAGUCUCCAAUGCCGUUAGAUUAUUAUUAUUUGGGUGAUGUACAAAAUGUUGACACACAAACCUGUUUGGACACUAUGGGUAGAAGAACAGGUGAAAAUGUUGGAAUUAGCUAUUGUCACGGAUUAGGUGGCAAUCAAGUGUUUGCUUAUACUAAACGACAGCAAAUUAUGUCUGAUGAUAUGUGCCUUGAUGCAGCUGGUCCCCAAGGUCCUGUCAAAAUAGUAAGAUGCCACGGUAUGGGAGGAAAUCAGGCAUGGGUUUAUAACGAAGAGACGAAGAUGAUUAAACAUACGAAUACAGGGCAUUGUUUAUCGAAACCUCGUUCAAACGAUGCAAUGCAACCUGUCUUAGCACCAUGUAAUCCUGAUAACCGAGGUCAGAAAUGGAUAAUGCGUAGUAAAUUUAAAUGGCAAGCCAGCUAAUACGAGCUGUUUUUAAAUGCAACACCAUUAUGCAAUACUUGUUGAUAUAUUUACUGCUACAUUGAAGAACUGAUAGUCAAAAAAAUUUCUGUACAUGCAACAUCAAGAAGAUAGUAUUAUACUUGAUAAACAUAGUCCUGUAUCGUCGAUCCGCUAAACCAUCAAUGGAGUUGAUGAUGUGGAAGAUAAAUUAAUCUAUACCUUAAACACGAGAGAUUGAAGUUAAUGCGUUUAGUUAAAUAGGAUUUAUUUACUGUUGCUAGCAGUAUCAUGUAUUUACUGCCAUUUCUCAUGGUAUGCCUUGAUUGAUAAUGCACAAGUGUUAAGAAACAGAAAAGAAAAAAUAAUACAAAACUAUUUCCAGCUGUGUGUGAAGAUGUAUACAAGUGAUAUGAAGUGAAGAAUUUUUUUUUUUUAGCAAACAGUAGAGAGAAAAGCAUAUCAGACCACUGUUAUAAAUAAAUAAUUGUUAAUA